AUGCAGACCCUGGCGUGGCAGCGGCCCGAGGCUGCCCGGCCCUACGUCCCCCAGGGGACCCUGGAAGUGGCAUUCCCAGCACCUCUGUACAGCGAUGACUGCCUGUCCCUGGAGGGGCCCCGCUGGACACCGGCCAUCAAGCAGGCCACACGCUGGAAGUACACGCCCCUGGGGCGCGACGCAGCUGGCCAGCUGUGGUCCACCGGCCUAACCACCUCAGACCCCCGUGAGGCCUGGUACACGUUCCCGCGGGCCCCGGACAGCCCCUACCGGGAGGCCCACGGCCACCGGCACAGAUAUCACAGCUGCCGGGAACGAAGCAUGCCCUCAGAUGAGGGUUGGCGCGCCGGUCGGCGAUUGGCUGGGCCCACCGAGUUUGAGGAGGAGGCGUCCCGGAGGGUCGACGAUCUGCUGGAGAGCUACAUGGGCAUUCGGGACCCUGAGCUGGCGUCCACCAUGGUGGACACAGCCAAGAAGACGCCGAGCGUCCAGGAGUUUGCGCAUCGUUUAGAUUCCGUCUUGGGCGAGUUUGCCUUCCCGGACGAGUUUGUGGUGGAGGUGUGGGCCGCCAUCGGCGAGGCCAGAGAGGCCUGCGGCUAG